AUGCCCAUGAAGGGCCGCUUCCCGAUCCGCCGCACCCUGCAGUACCUCAGUCAGGGGGACGUGGUGUUCAAGGACUCGGUGAAGGUUAUGACGGUGAACUACAACACGCACGGGGAGCUGGGCGAAGGCGCCAGGAAAUUCGUGUUUUUCAACGUACCUCAGAUCCAGUACAAGAACCCCUGGGUGCAGGUCAUGCUGUUUAAGAACAUGACGCCGACCCCCUUCCUGCGGUUCUAUCUGGAUUCCGGGGAGCAAGUGCUCGUGGACGUGGAGACCAAGAGCAACAAGGAGAUCAUGGAGCACGUCAAGAAGAUCCUGGGGAAGAACGAGGAGACCCUCCGGAGGGAGCAGCAGGAGCGCGAGCAGCUCUCCCACCCGGCGCACUUCGGACCCCGGAAGUACUGCCUGCGGGAGUGCAUCUGCGAGGUGGAGGGUCAGGUGCCCUGCCCGGCCGUGGUGCCGCUGCCCCGGGAGCUGACCGGCAAGUUCCAGGCCGCCCUGAGAGCCGGCGCCCAGGACUGA